AUGCUUGGAAGUAGUAGUAGCACGAAUACAAAUGAGGCCGAAAAGACAGUAAUAGAAGAGCAUGAUGCUACAGAAAAUGAGCCACUCUCUUCUGAGGUCAUUCAGCAGCAUUAUCAUCAGUUCCCAUUGCCACCACUUCAACAUCAAUUCAUGCCAUACGAAGGCUCUGAAGCAGACUGGGUGGACUCCUCAUCCUCCGUGCGUUCCGACAUGCCUCAUCGCUAUCUAUAUAAUCAGCAUCGUCUACAGCCACAACAACAGCAACCACCUACAGCUGAUAUCGAUCUACUUAACAAUUUACAUGACGAUAUUCAUAAUUCUGGCCGGUACCUCCGUUGUGCGCCUUCCACUGAAUCACUGGUAGCACUCCUAGAAUCCAAACGAUUGAAAGCACCCAGAGGUGUUACAGCCACACCGACCCCUUCAAUUCCCGGCAGUGGUCUUCAGUCUCCUACUGCAUUUCUAUCCAGCAAUGAUCUAUCAGCAGAGACAUUGGUCAAUCAGCAACAGCAGCAGCAGCAUAUGCCUUACCCUGCUUGGACAGACAUUGUUGAUCUGCCUUCUUACCAGAAUAUUCAAGAUAUCUUUAUCGAUCUCAAAAAUGCAUUUGGAUUCCAAUACGACAGCAUGCUGAAUAUGCUGGACCACUUCAUGGUCAUGUUGGAUUCGCGUGCCUCUCGCAUGACACCCGCCAUGGCCCUAUUGACACUACAUGCUGACUAUAUCGGUGGGCCCAAUGCUAACUAUCGAAAGUGGUACUUUGCAGCACAACUCAACCUCGAUGAUGCGGUGGGCGACAAGAAUGCAGCCAUCAACGUAGCCGAAGACGAUGCACAGCCACAACCACACACGCUCACUGAAGCAGAAGAGGAUUGGCGAUGUAAAAUGGAAAACAUGACAGACAAUGAGCGCGUGCGACAAUUGGCACUUUGGCUGAUGAUCUGGGGCGAAGCAUCUGUGAUACGUUUCUGCCCUGAAGUGCUGUGCUUUAUCUUUAAAUUAGCAGACGAUGCUUGCAAAGAUCGCUUGUCUCUUAUUCACCAACAGCAGACAAUACCAGCAGAAGGAGAUUAUCUAGAUAACAUCAUCACACCGCUCUAUGAUUUUGUUAAGGAUCAAGUGUAUCGCAAAGACAAGCACUCGAAUUUUGUGAGAAGAGACCGCGACCAUGACGGUGUCGUUGGCUACGACGACGUGAAUCAGUUCUUUUGGUACCCUGAAACCAUCUCCAAGCUGCAAUUACAAGACAAAACAAAGCUGGUGUCCAUUGCUGCUCAUCAAAGAUACGAUUCACUACAGCAUGUCAAUUGGAAAAAGGCGUUUCAAAAAACCUUCAAGGAAAAGAGAUCCUGGAUGCACCUGGCGGUCAAUUUUACAAGAAUCUGGAUCAUUCACAUUGUGUCUUUUUGGUACUUCAUUGCUGCCAACUCGGAUAUUCUCUAUCUCAAUCACAACAAGAAGAUCUCAGAAAAGGAGACAGCGGUCAAAGUCUCCAUGGCUGCUCUGGGUGGCGCGGUAGCCACUCUUCUGGUGAUGCUGGGUAGCUUUGUGGAGUACAUGUAUGUGCCUUUGAACUUCCAGAAAGCAGGCAUCUUGUCUCGGCGUCUGUUUCUGUUGUUCUGCGUGCUAAUUAUCAAUGCUGGGCCCUCUGUGUACUGUAUCAAGAUCAAUCGAACCGGAAAGCUAUCGAUGGGCGUGGCACUGCUUCAGCUGUUUGUCAGCAUGGUGACAAGCAUCUUCUUUGCGGUCGUUCCUCAAUCAAGGCUUUUUGUGCGCAAGACCAGGUCCGAGCAGAGCAAGAAGACACCUGCCAAUCAGACGUUCACUGCCAGUUUUCCACAUCUGAAGAAGGCAGAUCGAUUGAUCUCUAUUGGUCUGUGGUCCUGCGUAUUUGGCUGUAAGCUGCUGGAAUCCUACUUUUUCAUUGCUCUGUCUUUCAAAGAUCCUCUAAAGGCUAUCGCCAAUAUGGAGGUGCUGCACUGCAAAGAUGCUAUUACAGGCUCCAUCUUGUGCCGCUACAUGCCGUCUGUCUCGUUGGUGCUGAUGCUUUUGAUGGAACUGGUACUCUUUUUCCUGGAUACUUACCUAUGGUACGUCAUUUGGAACACGCUCUUCUCGGUGGCUAGAUCAUUCUAUCUGGGUAUUUCCAUCUGGAGUCCCUGGAGAAACACCUUCAUUCGACUUCCCAAGCGCAUCUAUGCAAAGAUUCUAGCAGCAUCGGCAUUGGACUUUCAGCUGCAGCCCAAGAUUCUGUGCUCUCAAGUGUGGAAUGCCUUGGUAGUGUCCAUGUAUCGCGAGCACUUACUAUCAGCAGAUCAUGUAUCAAAACUACUUUAUAGACAGAUUCCUGGUGUAGGAAAUACAAAAACCACACUCAAAGCACCCACCUUCUUUGUAUCUCAAGAGGACGUAGCCUUCAAGACAGAAUACUACCCACAAAAGAGUGAAGCAGGACGCAGAAUGCAGUUUUUUGCUCAGAGUCUGACUACACCGAUGCCUGAAUCGCUGCCAGUGCCCAACAUGCCAACAUUCACCGUCAUGACACCUCACUAUGGCGAAAAGAUCAUCUUAUCUUUACGCGAAAUCAUUAGAGAGGAAGACAAGAACGCCAGAAUCACCUUGUUAGAAUACCUUAAGCAAUUGCAUCCAUUUGAAUGGGAGAACUUUGUCAAGGACACUAAAGUAUUGGCUGAUGAAGAAGGCCAGGAACUAGACGACAACGGAUCUCUCUCUGGAAAAUCAAAGACCAGCACCAUUGCAGCAGCAACAACAACAGAUGAAAAGACAGAGAAACAGCACAAGAUUGACGACCUGCCAUUUUAUUGCGUUGGCUUCAAAUCAGCAGCACCUGAAUACACUUUACGCACUCGUAUCUGGGCAUCGCUUCGAUCACAAACCUUGUUUCGCACUAUUACUGGGUUUAUGAACUAUCAGAAAGCCAUCAAAUUGCUUUACCGAGUGGAGACACCCGAGUUGAGCUCCAUACAAGGUGGAACCAUGUCGCCGCAUACCACCAGUGACAGUGCCGCAGAUGCUGAACUGGAGCAAAUGGCCAGGCGCAAAUUCCGUUUCGUGGUUGCUAUGCAACGGUACACUUCCUUCAAUGCUGAGGAAAAAGAGAGUAUAGAAUACAUUCUCAAGGCCUACCCUGACCUUCAAAUCGCGUACCUAGAACAAGAAAAGGUGGAGGGACAAGAACCAAGCUACUACUCUGUGCUGAUUGACGGUCAUUGCGAUGCGAAGCCUGAUGGCAACCGCGCUCCCAAGUUCCGUGUUCGUCUCCCUGGUAACCCUAUUCUCGGUGAUGGUAAAUCUGACAACCAGAAUACAGCUCUGAUCUACUAUCGUGGUGAAUAUCUGCAACUGAUUGAUGCAAAUCAGGACAACUAUCUAGAGGAAUGUCUCAAGAUCCGCAAUGUGCUUGGUGAAUUUGAAGAGAUGCAGGCGAGAGAACACCAAUCUCCCUAUGCAAACGAGAAGAUGGGCAAAAGCCCGGUGGCUAUCGUAGGUGCUCGUGAAUACAUCUUUUCUGAGAAUGUGGGUGUGCUGGGCGACAUUGCUGCUGGUAAGGAGCAAACAUUUGGUACAUUGACACAGCGGAUCAUGGCUACAAUUGGUGGCAGGCUGCAUUACGGUCACCCUGAUUUCUUGAACGCUAUUUUUAUGACUACACGAGGCGGUGUGUCCAAAGCACAAAAGGGACUUCAUCUGAACGAAGAUAUCUAUGCUGGUAUGAACGCGUUUGAACGAGGUGGUCGCAUCAAACAUGUCGAGUACUUUCAAUGCGGUAAAGGGCGUGAUCUUGGCUUUGGGUCUGUGCUCAAUUUCGUGACAAAGAUUGGUACGGGUAUGGGUGAACAGAUGCUUUCCCGAGAAUACUAUUACUUGGGCACGCAAUUGCCGCUGGAUCGAUUCCUCACCUUUUUCUAUGCUCAUCCUGGCUUCCACAUCAAUAACAUCUUCAUUAUGCUUUCUGUUCACAUGUUUAUGUUUGUGCUGUUGUUUGUUGGCGCUACCAGUGUUCCCUUGACCAUCUGUGAAUUUGACAUCAAUGCUGGACCCGAUGCUGCUCUCAAGCCAGAUGGAUGCUACAACAUGGUGCCCAUCUUUGAAUGGCUUAAGCGUGUUGUCAUUUCAAUCUUUGCCAUUAUCUUUGUUGCUUUUCUGCCUCUGUUCUUACAAGAGCUCACUGAACGCGGGUUCUUUCGUGCGGUGAGUCGACUCUGCAAGCACAUGCUCUCCUUUUCUCCUCUAUUCGAGAUUUUUGUCACUCAAACAUACGCUAAUUCCAUCUUGAACAAUCUCUCAUUCGGUGGUGCUCGCUAUAUUGGUACGGGUCGAGGUUUUGCAACUGCUCGGUUACCGUUCUCAGUGCUGUAUUCUAGGUUUGCAGAUACAAGCAUGUACUCAGGUGCAAGACUAGCACUCAUUCUGCUCUUUGGCUCACUGGUGCUGUGGAUUCCUCAUUUGGCCUACUUUUGGUUCACCGUAUUGGCGCUGGUGCUGUCUCCAUUCCUGUUCAAUCCUCACCAAUUUGCAUUGACCGACUUCUUGGUGGAUUAUCGUGAAUACAUUCGUUGGCUGUCGAGAGGCAAUGGCGCUACUCACCUCAACUCGUGGAUCGAAUUCUGUCGUUUUACACGUAUGCGGACAACAGGCGUCAAGAAGAAGCAACUGGACCCUCAGAAGCCCGUGCAACAGCAAUCUCGAGCUCGAUUCACCGUAAUACUGUUUUCAGAAAUCAUCUUGCCGCUGAUCCUUGCUAUUCUGAGCGUUACAGCCUACCUCUUUAUCCGAAGUUUUGAUCCCAACGACAGCAGCAAACCAUACAAAGGUCCCAGCGCGCUUUUGCGUGUGGGUAUCAUCGCCAUGGGUCCCAUCUUACUAAACGCGGGCGCUUUGCUUAUGCUGUUUGCUGUGUCUCUUUUCGGUGGAUGUUUAGCUAGUCUAUGUUGUGGAGUCAAAUUUGGUGCUACCAUUGCAGCUGUUGCGCACGGAUGGGCUGUAUUCAACUUGAUCCUCUUUUUUGAGAUACUCUACUUUUUAGAGAACUGGAACUUUGUGCAUGUCAUUCUAGGCAUGAUUGCAGUGGGAUCUGUUCAACGGCUCAUCUUCAAGUUGAUGACAGUACUCUUAUUGACACGAGAGUUCCAUGGUGAUCAAAGCAAUCAAGGAUGGUGGACAGGCCGUUGGUACGGCCGAGGUCUUGGAUGGCACGUAUUCACGCAACCGCUGCGAGAAUUUGUAUGUAAAACUAUAGAAAUGAGUCUGUUUGCCACAGACUUCAUCAUGGGCCACUUUAUACUGUUUCUUUUGUUUGUCAUUUGCUUGAUCCCAGGUAUCGACAAAUGGCAUUCCUUGAUGCUAUUUUGGCUACGACCCAAAGAGCAAAUUCAACAGCACAUUUACUCCACCAGCCAACGAUCAAGACGACGCCGCAUUGCAGUGUUCUAUGGCUUCUUACUGCUUUUGCUUUUCUUUGCAUUUGCAGGAUUGUUAGUUGCACCUGCCAUCAUUGGCCCCAAAUUGAAAUUCAAAAUCUCACUACCCAUUUAA